ACGCGUGACCUACGCCAACCCGGAAAUAGAGUGAUUUGGGUGCCAGUGGCGCGGUGUGUACUAGUAUGUAGUUAGCAGACAAGGCAACAACAAUAACCUCGUAUGACGGCGUAAACUCAAAAAAAGCUACAGACUUGUAGGGUUUAAAUGGCGCCGGCGCGACAGAGAAUUGCGAAGGGCUUGAAUGCUACUGAGAUAGGAAAGAAAAUCAAAAGGGGCAAUGCAAUGCGACAGGGAACUACGUGGUGGAGUUCCAGAGGCCUAGCAGCUUUUUUGCUGGUUUGUUUGUGUUUGAGCGCGGCAGCAACUUGGCUGUAUGUCACGUCUUUGGAUCCUGACAUUACAGAAACGUUGGUCAGCCAGCGUGAGCAUGUCUCUCCACAGCCCCGAGUUUACAUAGUGCAGUGCUCGGAGGACUACGAGAACUACAAACGCUACCCAGGAUGCACACCUCAGAAGUGUGGGCGUGCUGUCGCAGACGGUGUGGUGACAAUAGAGGAGGUACAGCUCCUCAGAAGACUGGCUGAGAGGGGACUACAGCUGGCUGGAUCAGAAGGAGGACGACUGCAUUAUUGUGGAGACUGCUACAAUCCUCUUGUCGAUAUACACUCCAUCCUUGAACAAAAAGCAAGAGAUACUUACCACCUCAGACAAGAGGCCUCCAUCUUGGACCUGCACUCAGGAGCAUUGUCAAUGGGGAAACAAUUUGUCAACAUUUACAGGUAUUUUGGGGAUCAGAUCCAGGAGGUGUUCACAGAAGAGGAUUUCCAGCUCUACAGAAAUGUACGCGAGCGAAUCCAAACUGUUAUUGCAGAGACGUUUGGUUUGGACCAAACUCUGAUGUAUCUCACCAAGCCCACCUUCUUCUCCCGGAUCAACUCCACAACAGCCAAGACCCAACAUGACGAGUACUGGCACCCACACAUUGAUAAGGUGACAUAUGGCUCAUUUGACUACACGUCGCUUCUGUAUUUGUCUGACUACGGCUCUGACUUCACUGGAGGAAGGUUCGUCUUCAUGGACCAGGAUGGCAAUAAGACAGUUGAACCAAGAGCAGGUAGAGUGUCUUUCUUUUCCUCCGGCUCUGAGAACCUCCAUCGCGUGGAGACGGUGUCAUGGGGGACCCGCUACGCCAUCACCGUGUCCUUCACGUGCGACCCGACACAAGCCAUCGCCGACCCAGCUCUGCCUUAAAGCACCCAUCUGUAGGGAAGGGAGUGGAGGGGAAGGAAAGGGGUGGAGUACGGUCCUCCGGCUCACUCAGACCCUGCAAAAUGGAGGAAGCAGAGUGAACGUUUGAGUGAUGAGAGGAGAGGAAAAAGGAAGGUUGAUGUGUUGGUUAGUUUAGUUUCAGUGGCUGCACAAUUUUGCCUCUUAAUGAUUGUGCCGAUCUAGAGAAGAUCAUAACUGUUGUCUAGAUGUUUAUACAUGCAAACCAGGUUUCUGUCAAUGGACAUGGACGGCAAAAAAGAAAUAUGCCAUUUUCAACAACAUUUUUUUCAUGUACUUGUAAUUGCUUCCAAUUUUUUUGUUGUUAUUUUAUCGCUUUUCCGUAUCUUCGGUUAUGUCAGAUUGUUUCCUGGACGAGUGCCACUCAACAACGCUCGUUAAAAGUUUAUUCUAGAAAUUUUUCGUGAAAUGAAAGCUGAUAAAAAAACAGGUGUAUUCAGUCCUGCAAACAUUUUGUUUUGGAAUAUUAGAGUGUUGAUAAAUGCUACCAAAUCAUGUCCUUAUUAAUGCAUAAUGUUUGCCGUAGGGGUGUACCAAUCCGAUAUUGAUAUGGGUAUGAUAUCAGCAAAAGACAAGUGUCAGAUGAUAUUGGCUUGCAUGUAAAAUGUCUGAUAUAAUCUUUGAUACAAGUAAUCCUGCAGCGUGUUUACUUGUGCAAAGCUGGACAGCCAGUUGACAGCUAAAUGUCCUCCAAUAUGCACACAAGGUUGGUCUUUUUUUUUUAGUCAAGUCAAGGCUACUAGGAGCUAGCAGAUACACAACAACUAAGCACACAAGCUAGACGUAAAAAAUAUUUGUCCUUCAUUGAACAAUAUUGCAUUCCAAAACGAGACAUUUGUCAAUAUAAACAAGUGCCAAAUCAUUAUCAGUGAUGUUGAUAGGUUUCCGAUGUAGUGAGUCCCAGUGCUGCAAUUAGCGACUAUUUGUAUAGUCGGCUAGUCAUCGAUUAUCUUAAAGUUAAGUCGACUAAUCAAAUUAUUGAGGGGCUCUAAUUUAGCCAUCCACUUUUAAAUUCAGUUUGAUACUUUAAAGCAAGUAUGAACAAUAACAAUGACUGCUUCAUUCAGAAAUAUUUAACAUUAGGCUGUUACAAAAUAACUAUACUAAACUUUUGUCCAUUUAAAUGCAAGGUCAGGAAAAAUGCUGAUGAAAAUAUUUUAAAUAUAAACAAAGGCCAGUCAGAAUAGCAGCAAUAACAACAAAACACCACCAAAUCCAUCGAGCUUCCUCAAAAAGAACAUAGCUUUAUAUGAUGAUGAUGAUAAUCUUUAGGAAGAUGUACACAGUAUAGGUCAGUGGUUCUCAAAACUUUUUUCACCAAGUACCACCGUAACGACCAACAUUAAAAUACAGUAGCACAGUAUGCCUAGGUAUUCAUCAAAAACAAGGCAGAGUUUUUAUUUAACAAGUAUAUUUAAUCUUUUUGGCCACUGUAAAAUUACAUACAAUUUGAACAGUAACACUGUGUUUGAAUAUUUAAUUAAGUGAUUCUUUGGCGUACCACUAGAUGGAGCCCGUGUACCAGUGGCAUGCGUACUUCAGUUUGAGAAUCACUGGUGUAGACGGUAUGAUGACAAGUAUAUUGUCCUUUAAAGGCUUUUCGCUAUUGAUCCAAUACAGUGGGUACGGAACGUAAUGAGACCCCUUCAAAUGAUUCACUCUUUGUUUUAUUGCAGCUAUUAGCUAAAAUCAAAAAAGUUCAUGCACACUCAGCACCCCAUCUUGACAGAAAAAAACACAGAAGUGUAGAUUCUUUUGCAAAUUUAAUAACAAUAAAAAACUGUCUGAUUUGUUGAAUAUUUUUGUACCAAACCACAUAAGUGGUGUAAUCAAUAAAGCAGAGCCAUCAAACAAU